GGUAUGGCAGCAGCCAAACUUCUGCAUGAUUCCGGCUUGAAUGUGGUAGUUCUGGAAGCCCGGGACCGUGUGGGAGGCAGGACUUACACCAUGAGGAACCAAAAUGUUAAAUAUGUGGACCUUGGAGGAUCCUAUGUUGGGCCAACCCAGAAUCGCAUUUUAAGAUUGGCCAAGGAGCUGGGAUUGGAGACCUACAGAGUGAAUGACGUGGAACAUCAGAUCUACCAUGUAAAGGGCAAAUCAUACCCCUUCAGAGGCUCGUUUCCACCUGUGUGGAAUCCGAUUAACUACCUAGAUCAUAACAACCUCUGGAGGACAAUGGAUGAUAUGGGGCAAGAGAUCCCUUGCGAUGCCCCCUGGAAGGCACCCCUUGCAGAAGAGUGGGACCACAUGACCAUGAAGGAGCUGCUGAACAAGAUCUGCUGGACUAAUUCUGCAAAGCAGCUUGGCACUCUUUUUGUAAACCUGUGUGUCACUGCCGAGACCCAUGAGGUUUCUGCUCUCUGGUUCCUGUGGUACGUCAAGCAGUGUGGAGGCACUACCAGAAUCAUCUCAAUAAGCAAUGGAGGGCAGGAGAGGAAGUUUGUGGGCGGAUCUGGUCAAGUGAGUGAGCGGAUAAUGAAUCUCCUCGGGGACCGAGUGAAGCUGGAGAGGCCUGUGGUCCACAUUGACCAGAUGGGAGAAAAUGUCCUUGUGGAGACCCUAAACCAUGAAAUAUAUGAGGCUAAAUAUGUGAUUAGUGCUAUCCCUCCUGUUCUGGGCAUGAAGAUUCACUUCAAUCCUCCUCUGCCAAUGAUGAGAAACCAGCUGGUGACCCGUGUACCUAUGGGUUCAGUCAUCAAGUGCAUAGUCUAUUAUAAAGAGCCUUUCUGGAGGAAAAUGGAUUUCUGUGGAACCAUGAUUAUUGAAGGAGAGGAAGCACCGGUUGCCUACACAUUGGAUGAUACCAAACCUGAUGGCAACUAUGCCGCUAUAAUGGGAUUCAUCCUUGCUCACAAAGCCAGAAAACUGGCACGACUUACCAAAGAAGAAAGGUUAAAGAAACUUUGUGAGCUCUAUGCAAAAGUCUUGGGCUCUAAAGAAGCUCUGAAGCCGGUGCAUUACGAAGAGAAGAACUGGUGUGAAGAGCAGUACUCUGGGGGCUGCUAUACAACCUAUUUCCCCCCCGGGAUCAUGACCCAAUAUGGAAGGGUUCUCCGCCAGCCAGUGGGCAAGGUUUUCUUUGCAGGCACUGAGACUGCCACACACUGGAGUGGUUACAUGGAGGGCGCUGUGGAGGCUGGGGAGAGAGCAGCCAGAGAGGUCUUGCAUGCCAUAGGGAAAAUUCCAGAAGAUGAAAUUUGGCAGCCAGAACCAGAGUCUGUGGAUGUCCCUGUACAGCCCAUCACCACGACCUUCUUGGAGAGACAUUUGCCCUCUGUGCCAGGCCUGCUGAGGCUGAUUGGAUUGACCACCGUCGUUUCAACAGUGGCGCUUGGCUUCCUGGCCUACAAAAGGGGGCUACUUGUGCGGAUAUAAAGAGAAGUCAUCUGUAACUACCCCCUCUUCUUACUCUGAGAUGUGGGUUUGAGGAAGGGGUUACCAUGAAAUUCCAUGACAACAUAUAGAAUGCAGGAGGAAUUAUGAGGAUGUCGGACCACAGGAAACACAGUAUCUCUUUCUCUGUUUUGACCCCCAGCUAGUAUUAACUUAGUGCUCUCUCCCACCCAUUUCCAAGUUUAUUGACCUUAGAAUCUUUAGAAUAAAUA